AUGGAGACACAGGUCACAAAUAAUACAUUUAGUUUCAGCCUUCAAAUUGGCAGAUUUGAUGUGCCUUCUGAAGCUGUAUAUCCUGUCUUUAUUAUUGGAGCUUUAAUAUAUUUAUUUGCAGUGUUUUGCAAUGUUACGAUUCUUAUUCUGAUUGUGACCCAGCCGAGCCUUCAUAAGCCGAUGUUUUACAUUAUGUUCAGCCUCCCUCUGUCAGACCUAAUAGGAAUAACUGUUGCUUUUCCCAGAGUUCUAGUGGAUAUUAUAACACAAAUAAACACUGUCUAUUACCCAACUUGUGUUUUGCAGGGAUUUCUUCUUCAUUUGUACGGAGGUAGUGUUCUUUUUAACUUGGCUGCUAUGUCAGUUGAUCGCUAUGUAGCAAUAUGCAAGCCACUCAGAUAUCACUCUAUAAUGAACCCUCACACAGUCUGUGGUAUCAUAUUUUUGGCUUGGGGUCUCGAUGUUUCCCUGAUUGUUAUGUUGUUUGCACUUCAAGCCAGACUAACAAAGUGUAAAACAUUUAUUUUUAAUGUGUAUUGUGAUAAUAUGUCUUUGGUCAAACUGUCUUGUAGUGAUGACUUUGCUAUAAGCAAUAUUUUUGGGUUAUUUCUAACUGGAUUCAUGCAGGGCAUUAGUGUCUGUGUUCAGUUAUUCUCCUAUGUACACAUUUUUAAAACCUGCUUUUCCCAUAAAGAUGCUCGAAUUAAAGCUAUAAACACCUGCUUAGCACAGUUAAUUACAUUUUGUCUUUUUGAAAUAGUUACUUCUGUUGCCAUACUUUCAUAUCGUUUUCCAAAUGUUUCGUUAAAUACACUAAAAAUAUGUGGCUUGUUGAUUUUUACAAUCCUCCCAGUCUGUAACCCAAUUAUAUAUGGAAUGAAAACAAAAGAAAUUAGACAAGCCUUCAUUAUAGUUUUGAAAAAACACAAGGUCUCGGUUAAAUAA